GCUGCUUCCCAGGCAGCUGCAUAGACCAAUGCGUAGCAGGGGUGAACCUGCCGUGGCAGCGAUGGGACGAGCAUGGAGAAAUGACAGCUUGUGCAGGAAUUUAGGCUGAACUGCAUCACAUCACUGACAGGACUGCAACUGUCGGCUCGGUCGAACUAUGUAACAGCGGGCAUUUCUCCCUUUCGAGGCGUUAUAUAUAUAUUUUUUUUAAUUAUUAUUUAUUUUUAAAUCUAGGAAUGGAUCCGGUGAAAUGGGUGCUAAAGUUGACCCGGCGGUGUCCUUUGGAUGUUGCGGUGCUCCGUCUCCAACUCGACUAGGUUUCAUUGCUUGUGGAAAUGCUACCUCUCUCUGUGGGACGGUGGAAGAAUUUGCAGCAGUAACGGGGAAGUAACAGGAGCGGGUGUGAAGGAGAUAACGGAAUUACCUCUCUGACCGAAGAACUGUGUGAGCCACCGUUCACUCUGAAUUUCUCCAGGAUUUCACCCUGCUGAUGACACUGGAGCCUUUCCAGGGAAUUGUUUUAUAGGUAGAAUUCUUUUGGCAUGUUGUGUUUCUCGGCUGAAUAUAUCCAAUUCAUGCAAUUUACUGCAUGGACCGUUAAUCCGCACAGCUAUAAAAGCGUUCAGUGUAACGCUCAUCAAAUCGUUAAAUUGCACUUUUUAUUGGAAGGAAUUGAAGCUCUUGCGGAUUAAAUGGAAAUAAGCCACACAAUGUGAGCGUCAGCUUUGAGGAGCCAUUUGUCGUUUCUAACUGUCCGCGUCCACAUUUUUGAUUAUGACUCUUGUCACCAGCUGGACAUAAAGCAUUAGCCUUUGGAUAGUCCAGAGAUUAGCUGCUAAUGACAUUCAAAAUCACGCAAAACAUAAUUUGACGCCAAGAUGUAACAUUAUAGUUUUCGUUAAUUAUUCAACUCAUAAUUAACCAGAACCUUUUACGCGCACCUUUGCAAUGGAUGCAUGUUGCCAAAAGUCCUUUUAUGAUAAAGCACAUCAAGGAGGCGAUGACUUGUAACUUGACAGCAUGAAAUCAUCAGUGCACGGAUAAUGGAAAGUUAUUCUACCUGCACAUGUUUGAUGAAGUUGCGUUUACGCACCGGAAAGCAUGCGCUGUAGCCUGCAACCAGGCAAUGAAGAUUUUUUUAGGCAUGUUUUCUUCUUUUCUGAAAGUAUUUUUGCAUCAAAGAUGCAUGACUUUUUUUCAUGAGACUGUCAUGAGUCCGCUAUAAAUACACACUUUUAAUGUGUUAAGCUAUUUUCUUUUUAAAACAUGAUUUGGAUGCGCCUGUGGUGAUUUUCUUGCUGUUUCCAUGCGUCUUUCUUCUUCUCCAGACCUCUGGACGUUGUUGUGGAUUGUGUUGCUAUUUAAUGCAAUGGGCUGUAUCCAGAGUAUCAGGUGUAAGCCUAAGAGUUUCCGAGACAGUAUCAUCAUCCAGGAGGUGAAAACUUCCAUCGACCCAAAUCCUACCAGCAUCGACGAGUCAUCCAGCGUGGUCCUGCGCUACCGGACACCGCACUUUCGAGCUCAAGCCCGGGUCCUGGUGCCGCCAGUAGCCGGUAAAGAGACUUGGACCAUCGGAUGGAUUCAAGCCUGUAACCACAUGGAGUUCUAUAAUACGUAUGGAAACAAAGGGAUGUCGAGUUGGGAGCUCCCCGACCUGCGUGAUGGCAAAAUCCAGGCCAUCAGCGACUCAGACGGGGUGAACUACCCGUGGUAUGGCAACACCACAGAGACAUGCACUGUGGUAGGCCCCACCAAGAAGGACAGCAAGUUCACUGUUAGUAUGAAUGACAAUUUCUACCCCAGCGUGACCUGGGGAGUGCCCGUCAGCGACAGCAACGUGCCUCAGCUUAGCAGCAUCCGCCGCGACCAGAGCUUUACAACCUGGCUGGUAGCCAUUAACCAGGCCACCUCAGAGACACUUGUCCUGCAGACAAUCCGCUGGAGGAUGAGGCUUCACAUUCAAGUGGACCCAGAGAAGCCUCUGGCUCACAGGGCUGUUUUGAACGAGCCCGUGGCCCAGGAACAGCCCCAUAUUCUCUGCAAAAAUGAGCCCAUCCCCUCUAACGCCAUGGUCAAGCCCAAUGCCAAUGACGCCCAGGUGCUGAUGUGGCGGCCAAAGAAUGGUGACCCGGUGGUGGUCAUCCCACCCAAAUACUGACCUGUUUCACUGACCAGAUUGGCCUUGGAUACCUUAACAGUAUCAUCUCUUACUUGUUUUCUUUCUUUUGUUCCUGCUCAUCACGAGCUCCCACUGCUUUAACCUUUUCACUCCUUAAUGCCUCUAUAUACUCCUCUCUUACAUUUUUAAGAAGACUGACAAACAGGCAAACGAAACCAGCUCUGAGAAAAAGACCAGCUGUUGCUGUUGUUGAACCCACUUUUGAAACUGGAGCGAACAAACUGCAACCAUUCUACCUUCAAACUGGGUCGGGUAACACUGUGCUAAAGGAAAUCAUUGCAAAAAUGAAAAACAAGAGCAUUUCUUUGUUUUUUAUUUCAGUUUUAUAUUUUGGCUGUAUGAGCCAAGUAUUGUGGGGUUUGUGAGCGUGGGUGUAUUUAAGUAUUUACAUGAACAUGUCUGUGCACAUGCUACAUACAUGGACAUACACAAACCUCAUGUAUGAAUACCAGUUGUAUUUUUAUUUAUGGGCUGGGAAAGAGUGCAUUUAGUUUAGUUUUUUGUUGCAUUGGCUGACAUUACUAGAUUUUAGUACUUUUUUUUAAAACAUGCAAGACAUUCAAUCCAUGCUGCCUUAUGUUUACAUCGCUUUCCACUUCAAACUUUUUCGCCUUAAACAAAGUGCAAUGCAGUAUUUUGCUCAAUUGUCCCAUCUCUUCCAGACUUUUGGUGUUGGCAUGUGUAGGUUUAGGACAGGAAAAAGAGGGCUUUUAUGUUCAGUUGCAUUUACCUGACAAAUGUAUUUUGUCUCACGUUUAAAACCAGCAUUAUGCGUAGACACAGUUAUACAACCAAGCUAACUAGUUGUGUUUCAAGUGCAUUAUGCAACGGAUGAGACGCUUUGUACUGAUACAGAGAACACCAUUAAAGCCAACCCUCGUCAAAAGCAAUCAACACAAUAAUAACGUGCAAUAACAACCUGAGCAAAAAUUAGGAAAGCACUCCACAGCUAACCUCAUUUCAUUCACUUUAUUCGGUUUAUAGGCAGCCGUAGCAUUCAACAUCAGAACACAAGUUUAUCUUUGUCUGUAUGCCCCCAUCUCAGGGCCGCUAGUCACUUCCUUCCCUUCUUUCAUCCAUCCUGUCUGGCCUACUCUUUCUUGCCACAUUGAAUAACUAAGUGUUUGCAUUGCUCACAUUGAACAAGCAAUGCUUUGAUGAAGAAGCAGCCACAGACAGGGGAAAUAACUGGAGACAUAAUAUUAUAGAAAAAGGGGCAUUAACAAUUUAAAGGAAGGCAACAAAAAUGAAUAAAAAGUGUAUAUGAUUGUCAAGAUUGACAGCGCAUCAGCUAUCCUGUGGUUUUUAUUCUCCAGUUCUUAAGAUCAAACGUGUCUCUCCUGUUAACAGUGGUUUUUGCCUUCCACUAUUCUUUCUCCCAUUUUGAUCCGUCUUUGAGGCUGAGAAGCAGAGCAGGAGGCAUUCAAGUAUGAUCCUGACUAUAGAUGACCCACUUCUGUGCCCUGCCAGUUGUAGCCCUUGCUGCAGAAAUGUGGGGUUUGUCUUCCUUAAUUUUACCGCCAGCAAAUGUAAGACACAAUCAUGCACAUACACAAACAGCUCUGGUCAGCUAAAUACCAACAUUAAAUGAGAUGAUGUCAGUUUAGUUGUUGUGCUUUCAAAAGGUUGCUUUCAAAAGAGCUUCAGCUGCAAACUGAAAUACUCUUAAAAGCAGAGAAACAUUGCGUCAUUUGGCAUCAUAAGGAGCCAAAAUAUGGGUAAAAACUUAAUUAUGUAGAUACUCUUUUAUAAUGUGUUUAUGAGCUCUGUAACUUUGUUCUGUUAAUGGCAAGUUUUUAAUUUCAGAGGCCACAAACAUUUUCUCACUGUGCUUCCUGUGUUUUGCCUUCAACCAAAGGAAGAUUUUGCAUACAAGUCUGACCUGCUCAUGUAUUUC